UCUUUUUUUUCUGUACAGAAUGUUUCGCGCUACGGUCUGCGCGGUCGAGUACCAUCAAACAUGCAAAAAAGUCUCGUCUCUGUUUCUCAAACGCCCCCUCCACUGUGAUUUUAUUUGGGAGACUGCCUGUCGUUGUUUCGGUCGGCAGGUAAUGGCGCCACCCCUCCCCCCACCCAGCUUCCAACCCAGCACAGUCUCACAGAGCACGUUAUGAAGAAUUCAAUGCCUGCUGAAAUUGGUGUGCGGAUUUUUUGGGGGUUUGAGAAUCCUGCAGCUGAAGCGAAGGUUACUACCGUAGGCUAUCCGGAAACAUUUUCCCGAAUGAAAAGAUCUGCUGAAGUGUGAACUUUCACCUCUCUCCCCUUUGGCUUCUGUUGAUGAGGAGCUAAGACUCUGCUGUACUUGGCUGUGCAGGAGACACCAGUGAAGGUCGACACAACUGCAGCAGCAACAACAACUACCAUCAACGAGUCCCUUAGUGUCAGACGUCUGUGAGAUUCCACAAACGAGUCCAAGAAAGAGGGGGGAGUCCAGGAGGGAGACUGAGAGGGAGUGAGAAAGCUAGAGGAUGAGAAGAUUCCACUCGCUCUAUCUCUCUGAAGACUGGAUUAGACAGGACACACCCUGUCCGAUAUUGCACUAGGAACAUUAGUGUCUGGACUCCAUCAGUCAAAUCAAACCAUUGGAAAAACUAACCACAGUUGUAUUGAUUUUUUUUUGUCUUUCUAGCCCAUUUUGGACACCCACUGAUUUUCACUCUCCAUUUUUUUCUGCCACUGCAAAGAUGGCCCUGUGUGUUUUGUCAUGGGGGCGUACUGUUGAGUGUUGAUCCCGGGAAAUAGGUGACUCACAGCCAGGAACAUGUCUUGGAAGAGGAACUACUUUGCGUCCGGAAGCGGCGGGCUGCAGGGGAUCUUUACCCCACGCACCAUGACGUCCAUCGCCCCCAGUAAAGGACUCAGCAACGAGCCGGGCCAAAACAGCUGCUUCCUCAACAGCGCACUGCAGGUCCUGUGGCACCUGGACAUCUUUCGCCGGAGCUUCCGGCAGCUGACCAUACACAAGUGCAUGGAGGACUCGUGUAUCUUCUGUGCCCUGAAGAGUAUCUUUGCCCAGUUCCAGUUCAGCAGUGAGAAGGUGCUGCCGUCUGACGCGCUCCGCAGCGCCCUGGCCAAGACCUUCCAGGACGAACAGCGCUUCCAGCUGGGCAUCAUGGACGACGCUGCAGAGUGCUUCGAGAAUAUUCUAAUGCGGAUCCAUUUCCACAUCUCAGACGAGACCAAAGAAGACAUCUGCACAGCCAAGCACUGCAUCCCACACCAGAAGUUUGCCAUGACACUCUUCGAACAGUGUGUGUGCAGCAGCUGUGGGGCCUCCUCUGACCCACUGCCCUUUAUUCAGAUGGUGCACUACAUCUCCACCACCUCCCUCUGUAACCAGGCAGUGAGGAUGUUGGAGUGUAGAGACAAGCCCACACCAGACAUGUUUGGAGAGUUGCUCCGCAACGCUAGCACUGUGGGAGACCUACGCAACUGUCCGAGUAACUGUGGGGAGAAGCUGCGUAUCCGUCGGGUGCUGAUGAACUCUCCAGAGAUCAUCACCAUAGGUCUGGUGUGGGACUCUGACCACUCAGACCUGGCAGAGGACGUUAUCCACAGCCUGGGCACCUGCCUGCGCCUGGGGGAUCUCUUCUACAGAGUGACUGAUGACAAAGCCAAGCAGGCAGAGCUCUACCUGGUGGGCAUGGUGUGUUACUACGGCAAGCACUACUCCACCUUCUUCUUCCAGACCAAGAUACGCAAGUGGAUGUACUUUGACGACGCACAUGUCAAAGAGAUCGGGCCCAAGUGGAAGGACGUGGUGUCGCGGUGCAUCAAGGGCCACUAUCAACCCCUGCUACUGCUCUACGCUGACCCCCGGGGGACGCCCGUGUCAGUGCAGGACCUGCCCUCCCGCCUGGACCUGCACCACUUCAACAAGGCUUACUACGACAGUGAGGACUCGGGCCGGGAGCCGUCCAUCUCAAGUGACACUCGCACCGACUCGUCGACAGACAGCUACUCCUACAAGUACUCCCGCUCCCACCAUGAGUCCAUGGCCAGCCACUUCUCCUCCGACUCCCAGGGAACGGUCAUCUGUAACCAGGACAAUGAUGCAGCCUCACACAGCAGCCUGGAGACCACAGGCCAAGUGGCGGACAGUGGACCAGUGCAGUGCCACUCUCUGAGGAAAGGUGGGACAGUGGACAGAAAGGGCGGGGCCAGUGACAGGAAGCGGAGCUCUAGUCGUCCUCGCCGACUUGAGGAGAGGAGCCGGGGCUCUAAAACUGACGAGGCCACGUCGGCAGGUUACCACAGCGAGGGUGAGACUCUGAAAGAGCAGCAGGCACCACGCACUGCGACCAAGUCCUCCUCCUCCAGUCGACUGAGGGACUUCAAGGAGACCAUGAGCAACAUUAUCCACAGCCGGCCCCUCUCCGCCUCCUCUUCGGGCUCCGGGGCCCUUGGGGGUCUAGGGGUUGAGCCGGGGGCCGCCACCAAGUCCAGAGACUGGGAGGCAGACAGCACCAGCAGUGAGUCCAAGUCCAGCUCCUCCGGGGGACGCUACAGACCGGCCUGGAGGCCCCGGAGAGAGGUCCUCAACAUAGACAGCAUCUUCAGCAGGGAGAAACGCAGACAGGCCGGGUAUAGUCCCCUAGGGGCCACCUUGCCUGAAGACAGUGGGGCCCCAGCCGAAGGCUCCACAGGGUCAGUUACUGGAAAAGAACAGGGGCCCUCUGGUAAUAUGGCUUCCUCUUGGACCCUGCCGACCCCCAGGGGCCAUAAGAUGGAGCAGCAGCCCCCCAGGCUCAUCCAGAGGAUGGAGAGCGGCUAUGAGAGCAGCGAGAGGAACAGUAACAGUCCUGUCAGCCUGGACAUGCCUCUCAGCGAGGGACCCAAUGCUGCUAAUGCACACAGGGACACCGGUCUGAAGAAGCCCUCCAGUUCCGGCUCAGGUCCAUCAUGGCGCUCCGUGCCCAAGUCUAAGAGCAGCAGCGCACUACUGCAGGAUGCCAAGGCUUCAUGCAGGGGCCACAGCCACGUAAGCCUGGCGGGAGAGGGCCGCAGCGAGCUAGACGAGCUGCAGGAGGAGGUGGCCAGGCGAGCGAGGGAACAGGAGUUACAGAGGAGGAAGGAGAAGGAGAAGGAGGCCGCCUUGGGGUUCAACCCCAGACCCAGCAAGUUCAUGGACCUGGACGAGCUUCAGAACCAGGGCAAAGGGGACAGCUUUGAGCGGUGUGUGCCGGACGCUGAGGUGCUGCUAGACCAGUCUCUGCGGCUGGAGCAGGCUGGCGAUGUAUCUGCCGCUCUGUCAGUUGUUAGCGAAGCUAUGUCUAAACUCAGGCUUCCCAUGCAUGAGGGCGGUGCUAACACUCAUAGCAGGACAGUGGCUGAGGCCCGGCUGCAAAAGUGCAUGAGGAGAGCGCGGGGCCUGCAGCAGCGCAUGCAACAGCAGCAGCAGGAAGACAGACCCCAGCAGCAGGAUCAGGAGCAGACAGAGGAGCAGGAUCAGCCCUGUCCCUGUCCCCAGGGGCCCCCCAGUGAACAGCCUGUCCCAAUCAAAAUACUGUUGAUGGACGCCCAGGAGGACCAACCGCAAGCAGUCCUGGAAGCCACCAGAAGCAUGCCUUCUCCUCUCCACGUUAAGCCCCUCCCCUCCGGUACAAACUCACUCCCUGAGCCCUCGAGCCACCCCCCUGUCUCUAUGCCCCCAAGCCCUCACACAGGGUCAACCACAGGGGGGUACGUGGCGGAGGCGAGGGGGCGCUGGGAAGGACUGGAUAUGUCAGGCGUGCUCCCUCAUGUGAGACCUCUCCACAAGCACGCUGCCGUGUCCCUGCCUGCCCUGUGCGUGGACGGCUGGGACGAGAGCCAUACUGAGGGAGGCCAUGACCAGCCCCCAGCUCUGCCCAACUGCAAGCCAGCUGCAUCCCCACACUGGAACAGUAACCCCGCAGCCCAGACUCUGCCCAUCCCACACCCCCACUCCAGGACACACUCCCCAGUCAGCCACACCUCAGAGGAAAGGGGCCACGCCAACAUGGAGAAUGCCUACCCCAGACGGCCGGAUGCUGUCGACUCCCCUUUCUACACCCCUCCCACAGACUCCCACUACCCUCCACCCGCCCCCAGCCGACCAGAGCGGACCCCUUCCCCAGCGUCUGGGGACUACAGGUCAGGUGCCGCCAUGCCAGUGGAUCACUGGGCAGAGAACAUGACCCGCUUCUACAACUCCCAGCCUGCCCCUGUGGUGGGGUCGCCCUGCGAGGAGCUGUCAGAGUUAGACUCUCUGUACCAGGCGAGCCUACAGGCCCCCAGCUUGCCCCGGGCCCCACGCGGAGUCAGCCCCCAGCCCACUACAAACAAGCAACCGGCUAGGAAGCUGUUGUCUGGGCUGGCUGCACCUGGCCGCUCCAAGACUCCCACAGCCGAGUUAGAGAGACAUGCCUACAGAACGGCAGGCUACACCGGCAGCCCUACACAACACUCCAAGCCUGGGUCAUGUGAGCGACCACUCGCAGAUGACGAGAACUACAGUGCUGAGAACCUCCGUCGCAUCGCCCGCAGUCUGAGUGGCACAGUCAUAGGGGGACGACCGGAACACCUCGCCCCCUCCCGCAGCUUUGAUUCCCCAGUUACCAGGAUGCCAAAGCAUGCGGACCCCCGAGUCACCGCACGUCACCCUAGCACGCCCUCCCUGCACCUCCCUCCCUCCUCCACCCACCUCUCUCCACCCGAACCCCAACACCAAUACGUCCACAACAACCACCACUACAGCCCCCCAGCACUGUCCCAGCACCCCCCUCAGCAGGCAGCGCGGCCCCCCUCCUCGGGGCCCUAUCUGGGACGCUCAGGAGAUCACCAGAAGGGAGACCAGUUUCUGGCUGUGUUUGACCGGGGUGAAGCUUUCUCCCGUGAAAACUACCACAGUGUUGCACUGAGCUACGGCACACUACCGCGGGCACCUCGCAGGGCACCUCCAUCCGGGUCCUCCUCUCUCCCCCAUCCCAGGGAAGGACCCAGCCCCGGCCCUGGCCCUGGGUACUACAGCCACCCAGACACGGGCUACGCCACCCUCUCCCACCCCCGCCGUUCUGCCCCCCCUAGAGGCACCAUAAACGGCUACAGGCAGCCCCCUCAACCCGGCAGGAGCAACGCAAUCCUACCCACCCGCCUACCUCCCCAACACCACCCAGCCUACCACCAACUGUCCAACGAGACCUCCACCCAGCCCCUCCGCCUGGACGUACCUCCAGAUGUUGACUGGAGGACUCCGGACUACAGGAUGGUACCACCGUCCAUGCCCAUGCGGGACCCCCACCCCCUCCAUCAGCCCACCCAGAAGCCUGACCAACCUCGAAUGAGGGCCUCAUCCUGCGGCCCCGGUAGUGCCCCACUUUGUUCCCUGUGCCAACAGCUGCCCACCGAGCCCUCCCGCCACUACUGCCAGUCCUGCAGGGCCUAUAUGGCCCGCUUCCGGCCUGCCAGCUGAUCCAGUUUACCGUCACCCUACAAACAGACCCAGUUCACUCCCAAUGCACACCCCCCCUUUCUCUCUCUGUCUUCUUUCUGUCUCUUUUCCCUGUUGGGCUGUAGAAGUCAGACUCUAGUCCUGAGUGUUAGGGAGACUAACAGCAAUCUUGGGGCACGUUGUUCUAGCAGAUUGUGGCCCUUUCGCUUCCCGUCAAUUACUGUCUAUAGUAUAACCCCACCCCAAACCUCUUUAAGCAGACAGGCCAACCACUAUCUGGUCCUAAACCUGGUCUAUUUCUAUAGAGUUUAUGUUUAGCCUCAUCUAAGGUUGUUUAAAGAUGGUGUGAUGCCAACAACAUUGGAAGGUGACAGAGUCCAGGCUGGGUAGAAGUGGGGCUGUGAAAGCCUUGCACUGAGUGUCCACUGAGGUGGAUGGCGAGAGGCACUGUGCUUCUUGGAGUUUAGGACACCCCUCAUUCCCCCAUUGGACACAUCAGCACCAACGCAGCUGGAGGUUUAGGGGUGCCACUGAUGUUCCCAGGGGUCACGAUAAAACCCAUGCUUUGAGGAAGCCUGUUACAGACAAAGACUGAAGACGGACGUUGAGUUAACAGGGUGGGGAGUUUUUUUGUUGUCAGUCAUGAAUUAUUCUUUAACAGGUAUUAGACAGUGAAAUGGAUGCACCAUAAGGCUGCUUCCUCACACCAACCCUUCCCUGUCUGGAUAGGAAGAGACAACACCUUCCUCUCUCCUCACCUCAUUGUAUACUGACACUAAAACAGGGCCCUCUGAGCGUUCAGAUUUAUUUACUUACUGUACUACUGUAUUUAUCAUUUUUAGGGAGCCCUGGGUAAGUAGUGUAUAGAUUGUCAAACUAAUCUUUCAGCCUAACCUGUAUAUACUCUGCCAUAGACCUGUUGUACUUUGCAUUGUAUCAACUAGCUAGCGCUGUCUGGUGAUUAGAGCCCUCUUGUAGAAUGGGCCUGUGUGUCUCUCAGUUAGAGAGGGCUAAGGACCCUAGACUUUUCUCUUGAGGCUUUCCACAGCCCUGCAGCUAUGCACGGUUGUUCAGCAGGUCUACGACUGACGGAAUCACUCGGCUUAGAGUACGUUAUAAAGUAAUAAUGAGAUUUUCUUAGUGCAGUGAAUUUACCUAACUGCGUUAAAACAAGUUUAGUUCACUUCAGAAGUGUUGAGAUAGUUUUAUCUGUUGCUGUUUUAUUUAUAUUGACAUUUCUCCCAUUGUUACGGGAGGUGCUCAAUGUUAUUAACCUAUUUUUGUACUUUAAAGACUUGGGAUAUUUAGAGGAUGGUGAUCUGGAGUGCUAAGGAAGUACAGCGGUUUAGACUCGUAGAGAGAAUGUAAUGACAGUGUACUUUACAGAGAACAUAUAUGGGAACUGACUAUCACGCUGGGUCAAUUCAAUGGCUUUUAGAAAAUCGUAAUUGUUGAAUCUUGAACGUUAGAUCCAUUUACAUUUUUUCUUGAUGUUUUGUCUUUGUGACGCGCCAACACCGGGGAUGGCUAAUUAGUUCCUAAUUGAAAUUUCAACCCAAAUAUUACUAAGACGCUGAUUUAUACAGUAGCUCCGGAAUACAACAAAAGCCAACUUUGUCUCGUUUUUGAGGCAGAUUUUAGAUCUGAUGAUGUAAACUUAUGGAUCAUUAGAGCCCCAAUUACAGUGAAGUCGCUUUUUUGGCUUGGGAGGAAAAGCGAGCUACAGCCUUACAAAAUACACUUACGUUAUCUACAAUCUGAAAUGGAGGAAAUUACUAAAUUAUGUUUUGUUGCUUUCUACAAUAUUGCUGAUUUGUUUUGGAAUAUUUGUACACGUAUUUUUCUACACUGUAGAUAUGACUGAGGGAAUAUGAAGAGAAUGGAGCUUAAUGAAGAAAGUUGAGUGUCUUAAGAUAAAACAAUUGCUAAAAUCAUAUGGUUAAUAAAGACUUUAGGAUGCUCAACUGCAGUGCAAUUCACCGGGUGCGAGUGGUGUUGUCCUUCUUUGGGGAAAACAGUCUCGGAAACAGAAAUGUAAUUGGAUUGUUGCAGAUGUUAAACACUUAACCAAAGAGUGCCACUUUAGUGAGAGUCAUUUUGAUGAAAAGGAAUUAAUAAUCCUUAGUUUGUGUACAUUAUGCAACACUGCCCCCUCGUGGAUUGGCAGUAGAAGAGCAGGUGACAGGUGUCCAUUUUAUUUUAUUUAACGUGCUAAUAAACAGAUACUGCGACAGCUGAACAGUGUAAAUUUGUGUACAGAUAAUGAUAUCCUUCGAACUUAAAUGUUAAGAGGAUGUGUUUUCUUGGUAAUAUAAAGGAAGGGUUGACAGAUUUCCAUUUUGGACUUAGUUUGUAAUUGCUGUGCUAGCAGAUGGAACUUGUAUUUUUGCAAUAAAGUUGUUACAAAGUGCUCCGAACAGGAGCAGAGUAUGAA